GAAAAAAAGUAGGUAGAAUCUGUGCAAAAAAUCCACUCGGCGCAGGUGUGUAGUUUUAUCAAAAUGGGUUUGGUUAAAAGUUUAUAUUUUUACUAAAAUACAUUAAUUUAUGUUAGAUUUAAGUGUUAUUGCAUCAAGAAAACCAUUUAAACCCUAGAAGGAGUGCAAAUCCAUAAAUUUGUGCAUUUACAGUUAUACGCGUAACACGUAUUUUGUGGAUCGAGUUCAGCAUUGAAUUAGGCCACAUAGCGAUCUCUCCCUAAAAUACCGCUGUUCUGGCUGUCGACGUAUCAAGCUAACUUUUGUGAGGCGGGAGAGUGAUGGUGAGACAGGUCGCGAGCUGGUAAUGUGAUGUCAUCGAAAGGGGAAACAGAGGCCGAUUCUGGCACCGUGUCGCCACACACACCAGUAGUCAAAAAUGAACCCAUACAACCAGCUGCCGGCAGCAAAGAGACACCUAAAAGAGGUGGUGGUACAUUGUUGAAAUGUACGACAUGCAAUAGUUUUAGUACGUUAAGUAGUCGCGCACUAACCACACACAUGGCUCAGUGCUCUCCCGACAAUAACAAUGUGGCAGGCACGCAGGCGGCGGACGCGCGCCCGCACAGGAAACUCUUCGAAUGCGACGUUUGUAACAUGAAGUUUUCAAAUGGUGCGAACAUGCGCCGACACAAAAUGCGGCACACGGGCGUCAAACCUUACGAAUGCCGCGUGUGCCAGAAAAGGUUUUUCAGAAAGGACCACUUGGCGGAACACUUCACAACACACACCAAGAGCUUGCCGUACCAUUGCCCAAUAUGUAAUCGAGGUUUUCAACGACAGAUCGCUAUGCGCGCGCACUUUCAGAACGAACACGUCGGCCAGCACGAUCUCGUCAAAACUUGCCCCCUGUGCAGCUAUCGAGCGCCUACCAUGAAGAGUCUGAGAGUGCACUUCUUCAACAGACACGGCAUCGACUUAGACAACCCAGGUCCCGGUAACAACGUAUCAUUCCUCGCUGCGGGCAUCGCUAACGCAGCCUUUGGUGACGGUUCUAUGGAUCCGGCCGCCAUCAACGCCCUCGGCGCUCUAGGUUCAGGCCUCUCAGUAUCGGUGGCGCCGGCGUACUCGGACAGCGGAGAGAGCAAUGGAGCCCGGUCGGUCGACAAUGCCACACCGCCCAUGCACUACUUGACACCCCAUGUAGAGAUCUCAAUGGCUGAUAAUAACGAAACAUUCUCCCCUGGACAGUCAAAUCAUUUGGGUAACUCCGAUGGGACAGAUUCGCGCAUGAACGGCGAAGGCCCCACCUCGCCGCAAUCCGGUGACAGUGCUGUGGCCAGCAGCUCGCUGUCGUCAGGCCUGCCAACAAAUAUCACGCCGUCCAUUACCCUGAUUCCCAUCAAGCAGGAGCCCAAUACUCAAGACGAGUCGGGAUCGGGCGAGGGGAGAGACGGAGAGGCGAACGGCGACAAGCGCGCUGUGUCCUCGAGUCUGUCUUCUAUGAUAAAGGUGUCGCCACUUAAAAGUUUGCUGAGGGAUGAUCUGCGUAGGCGUAUAACGGCCCGCGGACGCGCUCGAAAUUCUAACCAGGCGUCGCGCCUGUCGCCGUCGGAGGGCGGCGCCAUCACGUCGACGCACGGCGAGCCGCCGCCCGCGUCGCUGGUGUGCGCGUUCUGCGCCAUCUCGUUCCCCGACUCCACGCUGUACUUCCUGCACAAGGGCUGCCACUGCGACUCCAACCCCUGGAAGUGCAACAUCUGCGGCGAGCAGUGCUGCAACGUCUACGAGUUCAACUCCCACCUCCUCAGUAAGAGCCAUCAAUGACUGUUUGCAGGGGGGCCGUUCGAAAACCACUGACUUGUGUUUGGUUACGCACUUUCGUUUAAACUGUGUGCAUAACGCAGCACUUCACUUUCCCUCUUUGUUCUGAUUUGCAGCUUCACUCUUUUCCUUCUUACCUCGGCCAAUUUUCGGUUGAAGUGCUUCGAAUAUGCUGUACACUGAACGUCCCCCCGAAGCUGUUUUUAAUUUAAAAGUGCAAAUUACGUCGAGAUAUAUUUAGUGGUUAUUUUUAUUAGGUGAAUGAGCGAAGAUAUUUAUAAUGGAUAUUUUAGUACUUAAUUGAAAAUGGGUAUAUUGAGAAAUUUAAUUCUAAACUUAUGAUUGGGAGUUUGAGCAUAGGGUUGCUCGAUACGAAUUAUCGAAACGUGCUAAGAAUAUAUUUUAUAUUCGUAUGGAAAAAUAAAGUCCACGCAACUUGUGUUGCAGUGGCAGGGACGCGUUUUUGUAAGCUGAAUGUUAAUCAUACUUCAGCGAAUACAUUCCACAUUAUGACGUAUGCAUUCCAAUUUGUGAGAUUAUUAAAAUCUUUGGUGGGGAACUGGUCCUACUUAAAAUUACCCUAAAAUAGAUUUUAUUUAUUGUUUCUUCAACAGUACUUAACUGUGUUAUAUCAUAAUUGAAGUAAAAUAUAUCAAAAUUAUAGAGUAUUUUGGUGCGAUAGUGAAUUAUACAAAUGUUUAGAUUGUACAAAUUAAUAUAUUUUUACAUUUUCGCUGUUGACAAGAUGUUAUAGAAGGGCAAAGCCUGAAUUCCGUGAUUGUGUUAUUAUUGUGAUUAUGUACAGACAGGAAUUUAAAAUUCUACAUUCCAUUUUUUUUAAUUUAUAAUUUCUCUUUUGAAGUGCAUGUAAUGCAAGUCCACGACUAAUACUUAAUGUACAAUAUUUUGUUAUUGUUUUAUUUAUGUUCUACGUGGUUUAUUCCGAAUGUACUUAAAAUUUGUUAUCAUUAAAUUAUAUUUAUGUUAGCACUUUCUGUUGGAAGAUUAUCAACAUGGACAUAUACAGUUUGGGUACAAGCAUGUACACUAAGAGAGGAUUUCUCAAAAUUCCCGCGGGAACGGGAAUUAACGAGAUUUUUCGUUAAACGCGAGCUGAGCCGCGUCGGCGUCCUCUAGUUUGAAUAUAUAACUUUAAACAUUAUAAAGACUUGGGCAGAACCAAUAUUCGAUAAAGAAGACACCUUUACAUGUUUUAAACAACUAACUUAUUUAUUUUCUGUUGUAGAGAAUAUCUCUGUCUUGCUUUCUCAUGAAUUUUUUUGUACAUACAAUAUGAUACGCUCGAUCUUGAAGGUGUAGAGCGUUUACGGAACAUUUCGCCUACUAUCUUGUAUAUUAAGAAACACUUGCUCAACAUCGCUCAAGUUUGGAGCUUAUAGGUGUUCCAUUCGCACAAAUGCAUAAUAAUUUAUUUGUAGCCCAUACUUUCAAGUGAUUAAAUUAUUCUCUUCUACAGAAAGUGCACGUGCUUAUAUUGGUGCCCUUCGAUAGUUAUUAUUAUUUUCUUUAUUUUAUCUGACACUAAGGUCAGAUUAUAUACAAUUAUAUAUAUUUAUAAAGGGCUUCACUUAGAUAAAUGUAAGAUCUCCUCACAAUAUUAAAUGUUACUUAGUUAAUUUUAUUAUUUUAUGUAUACUAAGAAAUUGAAGUGCUCAACCUUAUAGGUGAACGAUUUUUAACUUUAUAUUGAUGUAUGUACAAAUACCAUAUCGUACUUUGAAAUUCAGUAUAAAUUGUUGUUACAAAAUUCUUUUUCACAUUGUGUAGUGGUAUAAUAAUUUUAUUGUAAUAAUAAUAGUUAUUUAUCAGUUCCGUGCCUAUUAAAAUCGUUUAAUCCGUUCCAUUUUGUUUAAAAAUAGUAAGGAUGAGAUUUACAUUCCUUUAGCGAAUAAGUACUUAAUAUCGGUUGUGGUCUUGCCUGUUAAGUUUACGAAAUUUACUUAGAUGGAACUGAAAUUGUUUACCAACGAAGUUAUGUAUUUUGUUUUGUUGUUUUACGACAUUGGUAUUAGGUUAGGAGUCGGCGUCUGCGGUAGACGUCCUUCAGACGGACUAGUGAGUUACCCGAAACGAGCAGUUUAUUAUAAAUAUUCUGUAAACAUUAUGAUUAUUAUGCUGUUUCAUUGUUCGUUAUGCAUUCUUUAAUAUAUCUAUUCUACCGCAACCGCCGCGCCGCAUCACUAAGCGUAGGUUCAUUAUUAUAGCUAUUAAUAUUAUUAAUCGGUAACCCCUUUGGGCGCCUUUACAUAAUCCGUCCAUUAUCUAAUGAUAAUAUUGCCUUUAAUAUUUAAUAGAGUAAUAUAUUUUAUAGAUUUUAGAUUUAUCUAAUUAAGGACAGAUCGUAAGUAUAAAAUGUUUACAGAGUUGCAGAGUUUUAAAGAUAUAGUUAUAUUUAUUUAACUUCUAUUGUGAUGGUCGUCGGUGUCGUCAAGAAUUCUGGCGCUGAUAAGAGAAAGUUCACAAGACAAGGCGCCGGGUUUGUUGAUGCACGGGAAUCAUUGUUGAUUGUUGCAGAUUGAAUUAAAUAUUUUAUUUUUCGUGUGGGAACAUAGAUCGUCUACUUGGAGUAUUUGAAUGUUGUUCUAGUGCAACAUACGUCAAGCUUGAAUGUUAAUUAAGUACGCCAGUAUUCUAAAUUUUAUAAAUGCGUAUAGCAUUAUUUGUGUUCAAAUUGUGAAACUGAAUGUUGAAUUUUCAAUUAACUACUUAAACAAGGAUUAGGACAUGCAAUACGGACGUAUAUCUUAAACUUUGUCAUUGUUAUUAAAAUUUUAUCAUAAUAUGGCCACUUCAUACACGGUAAUAUCAAGACAAUGUGUUAGUUUAGCAAUCCUCACCUUAAUACCAAAUCACAGCUUACCAACAUUAUAUUUUGUUUUAAGUUGUUAUGUAUGUAAUAUAAGAUAGAUAAAUUAACGGUUGAGAGUAAUUCAUUGUAUCUGUGUAGACGGUAUCGUUGAUAUUUUGCUGUUAAAUUUAUUAUGUUAUCAUUAUAAAUAUUAAUAACAUUACUAAUUUUAUUCAAGGGGUACUAUUUACGAGGAACCAGUAAUUUUAUUAAUGAGUGAUAGUUAUAUAUCAAAUUUAGAAGAUUGUGCCUUAGAUCAGAAAAAUAUCAGAUUGAAAGUAAUUUAUGUAUUAAAACUACAUUUUUGAAAUUUAUUCACAUAUCCCGUAUUUGAAUAUGUCUAUUUUGAAAUAUUGUAAAAAUAAAUCUAUAUAUCGUUGUACACAAAUCAUAAGAUUCAUAAUGUAUAGAAAAAUGUUGAACAUGGCUGUUUUUGUUGUAAUAAAAUGUUUAUUUUGCAGUUUACGUAUCUGAAAUCAUCGUCUGCCUACGAUGUUUUAAAUAAAACAAAUGUAAAAGAAUGGUACUUAUUACCACGUGUGUAGUUCUAUUUAUUUACUUUAUGAUAAUUUGGUAAAGGGUCUAAUAAAAUAUUAAUAAACUAUGAGA